ACUUGGAUAUUUCUCACCUUUGUGCUAUUUUUCCUUUUCAGCGCUUAGCCGCUUACUUCCAUUUUCACCCCCCAUUUUUACCCACUUAGUACAUCAAAACACACUCUGAUUUUCCUGAAACCAUCAGUAAUAUUGCCGUUAUCUUACCCUUUCAAACCAAAACUUGUACGGUUACAACGACCCACAGCCCCCACACCACACACCACUGCAUAAUAUCACAAUUCAUGGUUUUUUUCAUUUUCGGAUAAAAACACAGACACUGUUUUUGUUACUGUUUAUUUUCAAAUUUUCUUCCUCUAUGAACUUUCCUUGAGAUUUUCAACCUUUUUUUCUGCCCCCACAUUUCAUACCCCUCUCACUUUUUCCGUACCUUCUGUCACUCAACUUGUGCGCUCCCUCAUUCCUUCCACUGCAUUUUUUUCUCUCUUCUCUUUGUUUUCUUUUUCUUUCCUUUUUUACUUCACACUUUCCUUCAAACUCUUCUUCCUUUCAAAUUUCAUAUAACUAGUUUUUGUAAUUUUUGUUUUGUCUCUCUUUUUCUAGUAUUUAUUAAGACGUGUCUAUCUCUCUCCCUUUGCUUUCCACUUUCUCUUUAUUCUCUUCUUAAUUCCUUCCCCCAAACGAAUUUCUCUCUCUUUUCUUCCCUUUUUCCCUCUCCACUUUUCAUCACUUCAAAUGCUAAUAACCCCAAAAAACUGAUACACUAAAUCAAAACCUUAACACACCUUCAUCCUCAUUCCUCAACAUGACUCUAUCACCAACAAAGAAACACACUCACCGCAUCAACCUCACCAAAGAAAACACUCCCGAAAAUCCAUUUCCCAAAAUAGUCACAAUAACCUACACAGACAAAGACGCUACUGACUCCUCCAGCGACGAAGAAGAAUCUUCAAAACGUAACCGAACUAAAAAGUUUGUCAACGAGAUUAUCAUAGAGCCAUGCGGUGGCCGUGGUAACACCGGCCACGGCGGUGUUGUUCCGAGGAAGAGAAACAGAACUACCACCGGUGGAAAAACAAGAGCUCCGGCGACUCGGCAAGUCACCUCCGGGCAGAAAUACAGAGGAGUUAGGCAGAGGCCAUGGGGAAAAUGGGCGGCAGAGAUAAGAGACCCGUCGCGUGGCGUGCGCGUGUGGCUUGGCACGUUUCAAACUGCUGAAGAAGCUGCUUUAGUGUACGACAACGCGGCUAUUAAGCUGCGUGGUCCCGACGCGCUAACUAAUUUUAUAACUCCACCCGCCACGUGUCAAGUACUAUCUCCCGAAAUUGAAAUUACUCCUCAGUUACCGUUACCGGUGAGUGACGGUUACAUCUCCGGCGACGAAUCUCAAUCUCAAACACAAACUCAGAACGGUAAGAGUUUGUUUUCUCCUACUUCAGUUCUACAGUGUUGUUCAUCUUCCGAAGAAGUAGCUGAAUCCGUUUCCGUUACAAACGAUAAAGAAUCUGAAUCACUGUUUUCGAUUCCAUCUGAUAUACUAUUUGAUUUCCAAGGCUCUUCACCGACGAACGAUGAGUUUAACAGCUUCAACACCUUGCCGGAGAACAUGUUCUACGGCGAUAUCGAUUGUUCGGAGUAUUUCAAUUUCGAUUUCGCUUUAGAAAGCUUGCAUACGCCUAAGGAUGAAGAUUUUUUCCAAGAUAUUGAUGAUUUAUUUGCUUCUGAUGCUCUUCUUGCUCUUUAAUUUUAUGGAUUAGUUAUAUAAUUAACUAUAAUUAGUAGGAUUCUCGUUGUUGUGUUGGCUUCUUAGUCUGCAAAUUUUGUAUCAGCGAGAAAUAACUAUUGUAUUAAGUUUAA